CUGAUCUGUGCACUGCUGACACUGUGCACAGUAGAAACCUUCGAGAUUCGGUCAUGUACAUCUCCUCUUGGAAUGGAGUCUGGAGCUAUUCCAGACCACGCCAUUAAUGCAUCAUCGUCGUAUGUCACAAACGUAGGCCCACGAAAUGGACGAUUACGAAAGGAGACAGCAGGUGGCGCAUGGUGUCCGAAAAGACAAAUAGAGAAUGGGGUCCGAGAAUGGCUGCAGGUCGAUUUGAGAAGAACUUAUGUGGUCACCGGUAUCCAGACUCAAGGUCGAUUCGAUCAUGGUCGGGGGCAAGAGUACGUCGAGGAAUAUACCCUAGAGUAUCGAAGAUCUGGUUUCAAUGAAUGGCUUCCCUACAAACGCUGGGAUGGGAAAGAGGUUUUCGCCGGAAACAGCGAUACGUCUACAGUUGUUGAACACAAGCUCAUCCCGCCAAUUUUCGCUAGCCAAGUACGCGUUUUACCACACUCAAUACACAGACGCACAGUUUGCCUUCGAAUCGAGCUCAAAGGGUGCCAAGAUCAGAGUGGUGUGGUGAGUUAUACUAUUCCGGAUUCGCCAAUGCCUGAACUCAGCGACAGUUCCUAUGAUGGAACUAGGCAAAAUGGAACUAGGCAAAAUGGCAUGCUCUCAGAUGGCCUAGGUCGUCUGAUUGAUGGAGAGAUCGGUGCCGAUAAUUACAGGAUGGAUACCGGAUAUGGAAGAGGUAAAGGCUGGGUGGCCUGGAUGCGUGAUACGUUUUCUGCCAACUUUGUUGAGCUCAUUUUCCAGUUCGACGAUCUGAGAGUUUUCCAUGCUGUGCACAUUUAUACCAACAAUUUUUUUUCAAGGGACGUUCAGGUUUUCUCAAAGGCUGAAGUUUGGUUCAGUGAAAGUGGCGAAUUUGAAAUAGAGGAAGACCCAAUUUCGUAUUCUUAUAUCCCUGAUAACAUUUUAGAAAACGCUCGAAAUGUUUCAAUCAAUCUACAUGAAAAAGUGGGGCAAUUCGUCAAGUUUCACCUUUUCUUCGCUGCCAGGUGGAUUAUGAUCAGCGAAGUCACGUUUAAAACGAAUCUCAUCCAGAAUGCAACGGAAGAGUCUCUCCCCGAAAGUAAUAACGGAGACAUCCGGGAAAACCAGGAUGUGGACCUCAACUUACAAACAAUAACAGCUCGAGAAGAGGGUCAAGAAUACGUGGAAGUACUGAUUGGUGUCUUAACAGCAAUUAUUUUAAUUCUGUUGAUGGUUUUCGUAAUAAUUUUACUGCUUAAUCGCCGACAGAAGCUUCAAAGCUCACCAACCGUGCUCAAGAAUCCAUUCGGAUUUGCAAUUAACAUGAAGCUAAAAUUACCGGACUUCCUUCUGAAUUUGGCCCCGGGAGGAAUGUUAAACAACAAUGCACAGGUCUCUCCAGAUGUUCCGGAGGACUUUAGCAUGCACGAACCACUGACUAUGGAGCAGUUUAAUUCUCCGCUGGUAGAUUCACAGUACAAGUCUACUUACGCGGUUGUGGCAAAUUCUGACUCUCCUCAAAAACUGAAUAAUCUGGACAGCCCGGACGUGAAUGUCCGUUUGAAAUCAAAAUCCGAAUGUUCAUCCUCGUCUGCUGACUCUCCAGUUCGGCAGUCUCAACACUACCGAACUCUUCAAACUUACAAUUGUUCUCCAGCCCGACCCACUGCUAUUAAUUUAAACAUUCGUCACAGAGACGUCGAUUAUGGGCGCUCUAAACGAUGGCACACCGCACCAAAAGAAAAGCACAAAGUACCAGCACCUGUCGUCAGUUGGAAUAUUGCGCCUAGCACGAAUAAGCCAUACAAAUGUAAGGAGAUAGAGCCUAAGAACAUACCCCUCGAGUGUCUACAUACAAUGGAGAAACUUGGCUCCAGUCACAUUGGGGAGGUGAUAGUUUGUGCAGCAGCGAGUCCAGGUGAAAUUAAAGAGAGCGAAGCUUUAAGACUAGUUGUAGCUCGAGUACCUUCUUCCAAUAAGGAUGCCAAGAGCGCUAAUUCCUCUGAUGCCAUGAGGGAAGUACGAUUUCUGUCGGCUCUCUCUGAUCCAAAUGUAGCGCGCGUUCUUGGUGUGUGCACAGCAGAACCAACACCCUGGACGAUAAUCGAAUACACGGAGCUUGGCGAUCUUGCUCAUUAUUUACAAUACAGUGAGCCCCUCACUGCCACACAGAGACCAAAUUGCAGUCUCAAUUUCCUCAGCCAAAGCUGUCUUCUCUAUAUGGGAAUGCAAAUAGCAUCAGGUAUGAAAUUCUUGGAAUCAAAGAACCUGGUCCACAAAGAUCUAGCAGCUAGAAAUUGUCUGUUGGGACGAAAUUACACAGUAAAAGUGACUGACAUCGCAAUGUGUAGUGACCUAUACAAGAAGGACUACAAUGACAUUGGUGGAAGACCCUUAGCUCCCAUCAGGUGGCUUUCGUGGGAAAGUAUUUUAUUGGAGAGAUACACUUGUUCCAGCACAGUUUGGUCGUUUGCAGUAACGUUGUGGGAAGUCAUGAGUUUCGCGAGGGAAAAACCUUUCCAGCAUCUCACCAACGAACAAGUCAUUCAGAACGCUGAACUCAUGUAUUAUGGGGAAGAGUUACAAGUAUUUUUGCCAAAACCCAUGAUGUGUCCUGAGGAAGUGUACAAAGUAAUGUGCUCUUGUUGGCAACGAGAAGAGGAUGAACGACCAACUUUCAAGAAUAUUUACGCAUUCCUCAAGACUGUAACAGCCGACCGACCUGGUGCAUAAUUCUAAUCUGUGAUAUACGAAAUCAUCUUUAUUUUUAUUUAAACCGACAUUUACCAAAUUCAAUUCAAGAGGCAUGACACCCUUAGUAGUAUAGCUUCAGGGCUGUCGCCUCACUUACCGACCUUUCUAUUUUACCGACCGAUGGUAAAAUGAUGAAAUAAGAAUUUACCGACCCGGGCGCUUUACCAACAAAUUUUUGGAAAAAUUAUCUGAUAGGAAUCUGCAUUACCGACCGACGGUAAUUCCCACUGCCGAUAACUUAGCAUGGAAUAAAACCUCCCUCUGUUGAUUAGUGGGACAACAGCCCUGUAUCUGUACUACUAACCUCGAAUUUUUCAAGAAUAAUUGGGAAAAUUAGAUCGACUUUAUUUUUAAGCUUCCUCUUUUCUCUUUCCGAUUAUUUCUAAUGUUAUAUUUUAGAUUUGAAUAUUUACAGGGAUCACAGUAGGGUAGCAGUUUAAUUGCAGAAAAUAUAUAAGAAUGUUUCAUCGAAAAAAAGAGAUUUUUUUACCAGCAUCAU